AUGGCGGCAGCUUAUCACGGUGACGAUACGAGAUCAAAUGACACAUCACGUGAUGUGACAAAUGCUCUGGAAGUUCUAUCGGAAGAGGAGAACAAGGAUUUCCAGGACUUCAGGAAAAGUUUAGGGAUCGUCGGAAGUUUUACCAAACAGAUGGUGAAACUCGCCAUUGAUCAGUUGAAGCCAGAAUUUGAGCGAAUGGCAGAGCAAGCAGCAGACCGAGCAAUGGAUUCGAAGUCACAGAAGGUCAAGGAGCUUCAAGAUGAACUGAACGGCCGUGAACGAGACCUCAAACAAAUGAAACUAGAGAAAAAGAUCCUACAGGCAAAACUCGAGAAAGAGAUGUGUAACCGAGAAAUAGUGGAUGUAGUUGAUAUAAAAGAAAAGGACAUUAAACGUAUGGAAGUCGAAAUAAACAGCCUCAAGAGCAAGCUGAAGAGGAAAGCAGACGAGCUUAAGAAAGAGCGGGAAAGGGCAACAGACGAGGAAAACAGGCGAAUGGAGGUUCAGGCAUCACUUCAGACGGAGAUAGAUCGACUGAAAAAAGAGCUUGAUAAAGUCAAGGGUCUUCUUGGACAAAUCCGUUCUGCGAAAAAUGUCGGAAACGAGGAAACGCGAAAGUUACGUGAACGUGAACGUCAGCUGAUUGAUGAAAUUGAGGACUUGAAAAAACAACAGCCAAAACUUCGGAGGAAAGUAACACGUUAA